AUCGAACUCACCGUUUUAUUUUAAUUCUUCCAGGGAGCAUGCUGGCCUUGGCCAUAUCGACAUGAGAACUUGUUGGUAGAGAACGAGCCGAGCACAGAUAUCUCCAUAGCCUCUAAGUUGGUAUAGAUAUGCAGCAUCAGUGGUGACGCGAACCAAUACUAUAGAAAUCGAACCAAUUAUGGCGAUUGACAGGGAAGUGCAGCCGCAGCCCUGCGUUGUUGCCCUCGAUGGGCUCUCCGAUAACGCUGAAGCGAGAAAGGGGGAAGCGCAGCAGAAACGUUUUGAAGUAGAUGAAGUUGUUGAAAACGAUACCAAUUCAGAUGCCAGUAGCGACGCUCCCUUCGACUUGUUCGCAGAAGAUGUCGACGCGGCGGCAAAUGAGGCUGACUCCUACACACACACAGAAAUAAUCAGUGCGGACGGACCGCAGUUAGGUGUUGCGAGUCUGGGGAUGAUUGACGACGUUCGGCAUGCAAAGGAAAUAAACCAAAACAGUAGCGGCCCGCUCUCUGGAAGUAGAUCAUCUUCACCAAGAUGCAGUACAGCACGAGACAACCUCGCUACUGAUGACAAUCGCCGCGACGCGCUAUCGUUGUCGCUCCGCAUUAACCCGUCCCGUUCUUACGUGUGGCCGUCCGCGCGGCUCCUCGCGGAGUUUCUGCUUCAAAACCCAGCUGUGUGCGCGGGCCAGCGGGUUGUCGAGCUCGGGUGCGGACUAGGGCUCCCCUCUUUCGCGGCCGCCGCCUGCGGGGCCGCGUACGUCCUCGCGACCGACUUUUGCGAGAGGUACCUGCGGACGUUGGAGGCCGUGCGAAGUGUGAAUGGGAAGUUUUCUGCGCGGCAGCUCGACACCCAACGGGUGGAUUGGUUCGACGCACUGAACCGGGAAAGGAAGCUUGCAGAACAGCAUUAUGAUGAGGAUCAGGCCGAGGAUGAACAGGGGUUCGAGUGGAAGAGGCAAAGCGAUGAAAAUAAUAGUAGUACGUCGACCUCCACUCCCUGCAAGGUCACCGAGAUGAGACGCCUACACGAAACUUUUUCUGCCUUCGACGUUUGUCUGUGCGCCGACGUGAACUACAACCCAAACACGGUGGAAGCGCUUCGCGCCACCGUCCGGGCCUCCGGAGCCGAGGUGGUGGUUUUGAUUUCGCGGGAACGACGGGCCGGGUUCGACGACUUCGCGGAGUGUCUGCGCGAGGAUUUCGAAAUGUGCUUGCUGGAUCGCUGUCCGGUCGUUUCCACACAGCACCAAAUCGGCACCACCGAGGACGAACGUCACAGCCUCUUUCUAUUUGCAGGCAGGCGAGUAAAGAGUGUCAAAAACAAAAUUUAGGACGCUUGGAGUAUUGAUCAAACAUGCAGCGACAUUGAGUUUUUACCUCAUAGUAAGUAAGUACUUAAAGUACUUACUUACUCUCUUGCUUACUUACUUACGCGAUAUAUCUGGACGAAGUUAUAAAAAAAAACCAAAACAAGAAG